AUGCAUUCAUCUCACACGCUGGAACUCUUCCCCGAGCUCAACGUGACGCAAAUUCUUUUUAAAGAAGUCCAAAAUGCAGCCGAACUGAGGAAAAACGCAAUAGAUGGGAAAAUCCAGGGCGCUCUGAUCAACCCAACUAUGCUAGUGAGUCCCUUCCAAAUGUUGGUGGCUGCUAAUAAGGCCGUCCACUUGCAGAAAACGAAUAAAAUGAAGACGAGAAGCUUGUUUUCGGAAAUCAUCUUCAAUCUGUCACCGACUAAUAAUAUCUCAGAAGCCUUUAAAAGAUUCGGUAUUUCUGACGGCGACGACUCCGUCCUGGUUGUUCUGAUCCAUGACAAAGAUGAAUCCCCACUCGUGACCGACAUCGCAACUAAAGUGGAUGGACUGCAAAUUCCAGUGGAUGAGAUGUGCUCAUUAUCAAACUUUGAAAAAAUUAAAAAGCUGUACAAAGUAACUCCUCAGGAGGAGAAGUGUGGAACACUCCAGGACGCAGUCAUAUGCAGAAUGGCCACUAAAGAUGUUAUGUAG